AUGAGAUCUAUUUCGGCCUUGUCCAGACGGCUGCGGCUUUCCACAAGUGUGCUCAAGGGUAGUAGAUCCGUUGAGCCAUUUAGAGCCCUGCCAGUAUGCAGUGUUGCUCAAGGAAAUGAUGGAGGGCGACGUUCUCGUCCAGGAUCCUUAAGAGCUACUUGGGCUGGUGCUGCAGCUCUCAUGGGUGCAGGUGCCGUGGUCACUGCAUGUGAUGCUUCCAUCGAUCAGGAAUUUGAGCCGACCUAUCACAAAAACAUGAAAGAUCCCAUGACAAUCUAUGCAAAGAAUGCUAUCAGAAGAGAAACAGAAGCUCAGGAUCAAGAACCCCAACAGAAAGACAAGGGGGGAGAAGACAACCAACAAAAGCAAGAAGAUGUCAAAGAGGACUUGGCCCCACAACAGACUCUGCAAGCAACCUCCCAAAAAAGCAUCACUCAGCCUGUUACUGUUAAAAACCCUCCUGGAGCACAAGAUGAAGCAGCAACAGAACUUGUCUCUGCCCAAGCGACAAGUGCAUCCAGUGCUCUGGAUGCUUCACUAGCACCUAUUCAGCCACCACAGAUGACAGCGGCUGAAGUGCGCAUCGAAGAAAAGACCCGCAAGGCAAAACAACACUCUGGUGGUCUCAAAAUCUUUAGUGGAAACGGAAAUAUGUCCUUGGCACUUGAGAUUGCCAAAAACUUGGGUAUCAACUUAGGAAAAGCUACUGUUGGCAGAUUCGCGGAUGGAGAAGUGAAUGUCGUUAUUCAUGAAAAUGUGCGUGGGAAGGACGUCUACGUGAUCCAGCCAACUUGCACUCCCGUCAACGACAACUUGAUGGAGUUGCUGCUUAUGGUAUCCACCCUGAGAAGAGCCUCGGCACGCAGAAUCACGGUUGUCAUUCCCUACUACGGGUACGCCCGACAAGACAGAAAGAUGCAGGCUCGUGUCCCCAUUUCAGCUGCUGACGUUGCCCGCCUCAUGGAGGCGAUGGGUGUUGACCGUGUCAUUGCAGUAGACUUGCAUUGUGGUCAGAUUCAAGGUUUCUUUGGUCCCAGAGUCCCCGUCGACAACCUCGAUGGUGGAAUUGUGGGCUUGGAUUACUUUGGAUCCAAAGACUUGCACAACCCUGUCGUCGUUAGCCCUGAUGCUGGAGGUGUCUACAGGGCAAAGAAGUUCAAGGAGGGACUGGAACAGAAGUAUGACAUGCAAGAUAUUGGCCUGGCUAUGAUUGUCAAGCAACGUGCUCGGGCUGGAUCAGUGGAUCAAAUGGAUCUUGUCGGAGAUGUCAAAGACUGCGACUGUAUCAUGGUUGAUGAUAUGAUUGAUACCGCUGGCACUCUAUGCAAGGCAGCGGAUGUGUUGGUUGCCAGUGGAGCUCGCCGAGUCUUCGCCUUCGCCAGCCACGGUCUGUUAAGUGGACCGGGUAAUGAUCGCAUUGCGCAUUCCAAGAUGGAAGAAGUCGUCAUCCUAAACACCAUUCCAACCUCUCCGCAAAGGGCAGCCAACGAAAAACUAACUGAACUAUCUGUAGCCCCUUUGCUCGCCCAGGCUAUUUUCAACAUCCACGCCAAAAAGAGUAUUUCAGCUCUUUUCAAGUAA